CCAAGGAAAUUACCUAGAUAAAAUUACCUAGAUAUUAGUAUGUAUAUAAAGUUCAGGCAACCGCCAGCCAGCAAGAGAAAAGAGACAUAGCAUUGAAUGAAACCGUUUUGCAAUCUACCUAGGUACCUACCCUCUAUAGUACUUACUAUACUUGUCGAACUACUAGGUACAUGGUUAGUUCUUGUAUAUCAUUUGAAUCGUAGUUGGCUCUUUCUGCUUUCUACUUCUACCCUCUACCUUCUGCUACCUACCAUCUAUCCCUUUUCUCCACGUAGAGAAUCUAUGGCCGAUAUCGUGCAGUUCUCUACGACCCUGAUUUUUAUCUCACAAUAAUACCUACACACCCAGACAGAAUAAAAUUAGAGAACCACCACCACCACCCACCAACCUACCACCAUCACCAUGUAUCAACAAUACGAACAAGUCCCUAAGCAAUAUGCCCCAGCUCCCUCAGCCGAUGGCGCCGAUUUGGCAAAGACUCCUUCAUUAGCACUUAGCUCUACUGAUGGGAAGGGCUCAGGACAAUGCCAUUUCAGCUUCGAAGCUCUACGCCCAAAUGUCUUCCGCACUACAUUUACCCAUGAUCAACAUCCAUUGGCACCGCAUCCUAGCGCCAAACGCCCCGACCCUGCGUUUGGAAAUGUCACCCCAGAAGUCAGCAUUGACGCCGGAAAGAACACCAAAUCCAUCAAGGUUGGAACCACCAAGGCCGUUAUUGAUUGGUCCAACACACCAGUCGUUUCCCUUUUCUUUGAUGGCCAAGAAAAGCCGCUUCAUGAGGAUCUUCCUUUCCGCUCGUAUGCCCUUGAUGGCACUGGCGUUGCC